AUGUGUCCCAAUAUUAGUAAGGCCCCCUUUUUGCUGACUGGUUUCCCAGCUCUGGAGGAAGCUCAUCACUGGAUCUCCAUCCCCUUCUUUGCAGUCUACGUCUAUAUCCUUCUUGGCAAUGGCACACUCCUCUGUCUCAUCAAGGAUGACCAAAGUCUUCAUGAACCCAUGUACUAUUUUCUUGCCAUGCUGGCAGGCACAGACAUCAUGGUGACAUUGAUCGCUAUGCCUACUGUGAUGGGGGUCUUAUGGCUGAAUCAGAGGGAAAUUAGCCAUGUGGGCUGCUUCUUGCAGGCCUACUUUAUUCACUCCCUUUCCAUUGUAGAAUCGGGUAACCUCCUGGCAAUGGCCUAUGAUCGUUUCAUUGCCAUUCACAAUCCUUUGAGGUAUGCUUCUAUUCUCACCAAUAUUCAAGUGGUAAAGUUAGGAGUGGGAAUUCUUCUGAGGGGUUUUGUAUCCAUUAUGCCUGUAAUUGUGCAUCUUUUUUCAUUUUCACAUUGCCACUCUCAUUUUCUCUCCCAUGCUUUCUGCCUUCACCAAGAAGUCACGAAAUUAGCCUGUGCUGAUAUAUCUUUCAACAGACUUUACCUUGUAAUUCUAACAAUUUUUCUAGACUGUCUAAUCAUCCUCUUCUCCUAUCUCCUAAUUCUUAAGACUGUCAUGGGCAUUGCUUCUGGUGAAGAGAGAGCCAAGGCCCUCAAUGUCUGUAUCUCCCAUGUUAGUUGUGUGCUCAUCUUCUAUGUCACGGUGAUUGGUCUGUCAUUCAUCCACAGAUUCGGGAGGAAUGCACGAGUGGUCCACAUCAUCAUGAGCUAUGUCUACUUCCUCUUCCCUCUUUUAAUGAAUCCUAUCAUCUAUAGCAUCAAGACCAAGCAAAUCCAAUAUAGCUUUGUCCAACUUUUCUCUAAACACAGAUUUGGAAGUUAA